AUGGCUACUACUACUCUCAUCACGCUUUUCCUAGGGUUCUUAGCCCUAACGAGUACCCUUAGCUUCAACGCUGAAGCUAGGCCUCAACCAAGUGAUGAGGAUCUCGGUACCGUCAUUGGACCUCACACUAGAUUCGACGACGAUCUUGGUACAGUGAUUGGACCGGAAGAGAUCGAAGCACCGCACGCCAACCUAGACGAUGAGGAUUUGGGUACCAUCAUUGGACCCGAGUAUGAGAUCCACAGGCGCGAUUUCCCCGACGAUUUCAUCUUUGGAACAUCCGUUUCUGCCUAUCAGGUUGAAGGUGCUAAAAAGGGAUCUGGGAGAGGCUUGACAACAUGGGAUGAAUUUACGCACAUGCAUCCUGACAAGGUGGAUCAUGGUGAUGAUGGAGAUGUCGGAGUCGACUUCUAUACCCGUUACGAGGAUGAUAUCGAAUUAAUGAAGAAGUUGAAAACGAAUGGGUUCAGAUUUUCAAUCUCAUGGACCAGAGUCUUGCCUUAUGGAACGAUAGAGAAAGGUAAAAACGAUGCGGGGGUGAAGUACUACCACGAUCUUAUAGAUGCACUUAAAAGAAAUGGCAUUGAGCCAGCAGUAACUCUAUUUCAUUGGGAAUCUCCACUUGCUCUAGAACUUGCGUAUGGCGGAUUUCUAAGCGAAAAGAUCGUAGAGGAUUUCCGAGCAUUUGCGAAAUUCUGCUUUAAGGAAUAUGGAGGUAAGGUGAAGAAUUGGGCGACAUUUAACGAGCCAUCCGUAUACAGCGUUGCGGGUUACUCGAAAGGUAAGAAAGCACCAGGACGUUGCUCUCCGUGGGAAACCCUCAAAUGUUCAUCAGGAGACUCAUCCAGGGAGCCUUAUGAAGUUGCUCGCAACCAACUUCUUUCUCAUGCUGCUGCUGUUGAAGAAUUCCGAAAAUGUGAACAGUGCCAAGAGAUUGGAGGGAAGAUUGGAAUAGUGUUGGUAUCUCACUGGUUCGAGGCUCAAGAUCCAAAUUUGAGUAAAGACGUGGACGCAGCGAAACGAUCCCUCGAGUAUUUACUCGGAUGGUUUCUUCGCCCUCUCGUAUAUGGGCAGUAUCCAACCGAAAUGCUACAAGAUCAAAAUCUCAAGGAACGAUUGACUCCAUUUAAACCAGAAGAAUCUGAGAAACUCAAAGGAUCUUUGGAUUUCGUUGGAUUGAAUUACUAUGGAGCAUUUUUCUCAACCCCACUCACCAAUCUCAAUUCAUCGCAGAUUAGUUAUAUCUCCGACGUGCGUGUAAACUGGACAGUUGAGCAAAACCAUUCACCACAUCUCAAGCCAACUGCAAUGGGGAUAGUUGUAUAUCCAGAGGGUUUGAUGAAGCUCUUAAAACAUAUCAAAGACGAAUACAUGGAUCCAGAGAUUUACAUCAUGGAGAAUGGGAUGGACGAGAUCGACGAUGGGAAGAAGAGCGUAGAGGAAGCCACAAACGACUAUGGGAGAAAAGAGUUCAUCAAGAGUCACAUCUUAAUCAUGGGAAAGUCUAUCAAGAUGCACAAUGUGAGGUUGAAGGGCUACUUCAUAUGGUCACUAAUGGACAACUUCGAGUGGGAGAGAGGUUACAAAAUGAGGUUUGGGCUCUAUUAUGUCGAUUUCAAGGACAACAUGAAACGACAUAUGAGGUCAUCUGGGAAAUGGCUAAGUGAGUUUCUUGAUUCGAAAGAGACUCUCCAUAAAUGCUACUUCCAUAGCCAUAAGGGGAAAGGAUAUGCUCCCAAGUUGUUCGACACUGAGUACUUGGAGCCUGACAAUACUAAGCUGAGCUACAGGAGCGAUUUUAUGUGA